CAAGCACACAAUAUGUCUUCAAUACUGGAUACUGCAAGACAUUACCAUAAAUUAAUUGGGAUCCCACUUGCAAAGAAAAUAAUGCAAAACAAACUAAAAUGUAGAAAUAAUGGCAAGUCGAAAAGCGAAUGUCGGUUAGCGGUCCCCGGCAAUUUUUCCCGCAUUGGAGAUUUUCCAUUCGCUGCAUGCUUAAUUUUAUUUAUUGGCGGUGAAAACUCUAUUUGUUCGGCUUCCUUGAUAUCAAGAAAUCGCUUGGUAACAGCGGCACACUGCUGGUAUGACUCCGACUACAGGGCCAACAGUAUGAUUGUAAUGCUCGGCUCGCUGAACAUGAAGGACGACACGGCAACCCGCAUUACAACGAAUGAUGUCGUCACCCAUCCUAAAUAUGACAAUGAGUUGGUGAUAAAUGACAUAGCAAUAAUAAGGCUUAAGAAUAAGAUCACCUUAUCUAGUAAGUAUCAAAUUUCCAUUCUUUAAUUAACACUGACGCCGAACAUAUCGAUCCAUGACCAUUGACUUAAUGUACAUGCGAUAUUUUUACCUAAACAGCGUUUUUUAUUGCAAAUAUUUUAUGAUGGCAUUUCACAUGGCUGUUUGUAUUAGCGUAUCUGAUAUA